GUUCUAAUAUAGAACACGCCUUAUCAACAAACGGGCUCAAUUAACCUAGUUAUUCUCUGUUCGAUUACAAUCCAGUUUUUAAAAUGACAAAAUUAGGAUUGUUAGUGAUUCUUGUGUUGUUAAGUAACGCCGUGAGAGGGUGGGGAAUGAACAGAGCAACUGGAACAUUGGAACUGGAACUUCUAGUUGUGGUCGAUUACAGUGCAUUUAACAAAUGGUAUCAACAGACCAACUCCCAUUCGUCACAAGCCACCCGUGUGAGUCAGGCAACGCAAGCCGUAAAAGAGUACAUCUCAACCUUAGUGCAUUCGAGCAAUUUGGUCUACACAAGUUUGGAGCCGUACAACAUUUACAUCAGUCUCAAACUUGUGGAAAUUUCGGUUAAAAAAACUCCCCAAGACUCCCCUUGGACAGAAACGGUGAAGGUCGCCCAGGGCAGCGACUACGUGGUAGACCCCACCCAGGUGCUGCCCUUGUUUCAGCCGUAUUCCGAGCAGCUCCAGAGAACAGUUCCGCACGACCACGCCAUGCUGUACACUGAGUAUGGACUAUCUCAACAUGGGGGUUCACCAUUUUCAGGGUAUGCGUAUUUAGAGGCGGAGUGUCAGGCCAAGAGUGUCUCGAUUGUUUCAGACGAGGAAGACUUUUAUGCUUCCCAGUUGAUCGCACACGAGAUUGGACAUAGCCUUGGCUGUGAACACGAUGGCAACGGCAACCCAUGUUCCAGUCAAGACGGAUAUGCCAUGGAGGCCGGCUUCCUUUUGGCCAACAAGAACAAGUGGAAGUUUUCUACGUGUUCCGUUGAUUAUAUCCGGAAGUAUAUCCAGGUUCUCAACACGAACCACACUAACUGCUUGACGACCACCAACAACGGUCACGUGCCAGGGCUGGUGACGACACUUACACAUGAGUGGUACGGUCAGGUGUACAAACUCGACAAACAGUGCCAAAUUAAAUACGGACAGCAGUCGUACUUUUGUAGGGAGCAAUAUCGCGGUAACUACACCGGUGUGUGUCUGAAGAUGUUCUGCUACGACACUGUUAAACGCGCCUGUUUCUACCUUGAUGGUGGAGACGGCACACCAUGCGGCAGUGGCAAGUGGUGCAUGUCCAACGAGUGUGUCACUAGCUCUCAGGUGGCAAGUGCAUCUGACAAUUGCGUUGCCGGAGACCAACCAGGUGUAAUCUACAAUGGACACACGUGUCAGCAGAUUCAAGCAUCGUUUCCCACAGAAUGUAACCAUGGUGACAUCAAGUACCGUUGUUGUGACGCAUGCGCACAAUCACAUGUGACGCAAAGUCAUCUGACAUCUCAUGUGACGCAAAGUCACGUGACCUCUCUUGUGACAGCUCCUGCUACACCACCUGCCACACAUUCUUCCGCUGACAUUGACGCUCAAUGUGUGAGAAAACAUGGCGCGGGCUCGUAUCUAUGCCGCGGCGCUGUGGCAUACAAUGGUAAGACGUACGCUGACGUCAUAUGCAGUGACGUACAGUGUCAUGAUCCAAGCAGAGACAACUGGUGCCUCUCUAGUGUGGCAGAGGAAAAGACAACGUGUGGUAAUCGAAAGUGGUGCAUAAAUGGUGUGUGCGUCGCGGACAACUCAGCACCAUCAGUUUCAGCGGACUGUCCCUAUGGAGACCAGCAGGGCGUGGCAAGUAACGGUCUAACAUGCGCACAGAUUGCAGAGCCCGCCAAUCACUGGAGAUGUUACGACAGUUUCACGUCGAGAGUCUGUUGCGCGUCCUGCAAUUCUAUCCGACGAUCCGUAACUGGUUGCGAGUUUGGUGACAAAAGUGACUGGUGCCAAACACAUAUUGGGAGUCAAACAGACAAGCAGACGUGUUACUGGGGCCACAAUGAAGAUCUGUGCUGCGAGAGCUGCCGGAAGUACAGAAACGAUGCCCAUGUCGGGUGCGAGUUUGGGGACAAGAUCAACACCUGUCAGUCGGUCCAAUGUGCCAGAUACAACGCUGACACGAAGAGCAAAUGCUGCGAAACGUGUAGAAGCAUUGCAAUAAUUGGAUAACGUGUGUACUGUAUGUUGUGUCACUCCGAUCGAUUAAAUCCAUUAAUAAUAAACGAAUACAUAUU